AUGCACCGCACACACCAUCCCCAUUGCCACACACGCACCAAGGCAGACAGCACGCCCUGGUGCUUCCACACGUAUGCCCUACGCCUGCCACCGCUCUCCUCCUGCCCGCCCUACCCUCGCGUGCACAUAAACAGCUCCAGCGGCUCCGCAGUCUCCUCCCACGCAAUCGCCCCCACCGCGGGCUCCUCGUAUGCGCUCACAGUGCGCGUGUCCCGUGACAUGCUGAGAGGCGCCACCGGCUGCACGGCAUGGCCGGCCUCUCUCUUCCUCGCAGAGGCCCUCCUCUCGCACCCGACUCUCCUCCUCCCCUCUGACCACCGCCCCUCCACGCACUCGCCCUUUACACCCACCCCCGCGCCUGCUGACUCAACCCAAGGGGCACCUGCCGCCCCUGUUGAUGGCGCUGCGGUGGGAGCCUCUAAGGGCCCUGGCAGCACGCCGGUGGCUGGGGAGCCGCGCCCUGUGAACGCACCGGUGUGCCUGGAGCUGGGGGCGACUUUUGAGUCGACUCAAAUGUCACCGCGCCCUGUGAACGCACCGGUGUGCCUGGAGCUGGGGGCGGGCUGUGGGCUGCUGGGGCUGUGCCUCUCGCCCCUCCCACUUGCUAAGAUGCCAGCACCGCCUCUCUCACCAGCCUCUGCUUCACUCACUCCCCCUUUUUUUUGCCGUUUUCUGAUGCCCUUUUCCCGCCCUCCCCCCACCUCUCACCUCCCCCAGCUCAUUCUGACAGACGCCAGCACCACCUCUCUCACCAACCUCUGCACCAACCUCGCCACCAAUGCGCUGCCCUUCUCCUCGAGCCCGGAGAUUCCUCUCGUGCACCCCUUGCGCCCUCAUGGGAGCAAGCGCACAGCAGUCCCGAGUCAAGGCGUCCAGCACAGGGCGCAUGAGGAGGAGCAGAGCGCUGAGAGAGAGGAGGUGUGCAAGGGGAAUAGGUCAGAAGGGGCCGCAGAGAUGCAAGGGUGGGAGGGCGUGGGGGGGGAAGGGUGUGCAGGAGGGAAAGGAGGAGCAAGGGUGCAUGUGCAGCAGCUGUGUUGGGAAGAGGUCACACCCGCGCUUGCAUCAUCCCUCUCUGCUGACGUCAUCAUUGGUGCUGACAUCGUGUACGACCCCUCCGUGGUCCCCGCCCUCGCUGAUGCGCUGGCAGCCUUCCUGUCCACGUCAGCGCACAGCGCAUGCACGGAGCGCGCCACCUGGCAAGAUCAACACCCAGCUGACAUGGCCCGUGCUGCUCCCACGCAGCACGCCGGCAUCCCUGAACAUGUCGCUUCCUCCCCACUACCCAUCUCCCUGCCUCCGCCCCCCUAUGCCCUCAUAGCCUCCACGCACCGCAACCCGCUCACCAUGGCAUGCUUCCUGCAGGCCCUGCACGACCGUGGGCUGCAGGUGACGGAUGUGGCAGUAGAGCUUCUGCCCCAUUGUCAAUCUCGGCCUCUGUCAAGAUGGUUCCAUUACUUGGAGCUUCCAGAAGCAGAUCGCAUGAUGCUGCACCUGAUUCAUAUGUGA